AUGGCCGCGUACCUGACGCACCAGCAGAAGGUGCUGCGGCUGUACAAGAAAUCCCUGCGGCACCUCGAGUCCUGGUGCAUCUACCGGGACAAGUACCGCUACUUCGCCUGCCUGCUGAGGGAGCGCUUCGAUAAGAACAAGGAUGUGAAGGACAUGGUGAAAGCCACCCAGCUGCUGAGGGCGGGCGAGGAGGAGUUCUGGGCCAACCAGCACCCCCAGCCCUACAUCUUCCCCGACUCCCCCGGGGGCACUUCCUACGAGAGAUACGAGUGCUACAAGAUUAAGCAGUUGGAGGAAGAAACCCCAGCAGAUGGUCCAAAAACUGAAGCUUUGCCUCCAGCUCGGAAGGAAGGGCACCUGCCCCCGCUGUGGUGGCAGUACGUCACCCGGCCCCGGGAAAUACCCAUGUAA